UUUCAAAUUAAACAUGGAAAAUAGAAAUACUAAUUUUCUUAAAUAUUUUUGGAUUCAAGUCCAAACUUAUUCCUGUCGGGAAAUUCAAUCAACCAGAAAAGAAUCAACUAUUUUUUUUGACUUGUUGGAAGUAUUCAUUUUCAUUCUAUUUUUAAUUGCAACAACAAUUGUAUCAUUGUCUACCCGCAAUAUCAAUAUGUUUCAUUAUGAAAAAGCAUUAGAAAAACAGUUUAUUGUACGUUCGAUUUUUAAUGAAUAUGGAUUUGAGAUGACGUAUAAUGAUCUGAUAACUGUUGCUGAUUGGUGGUCAUUUAUUGAAACAACAUUCAUUGAAAGUAUUUCGGAGUUUGAUAAUCACAAUGAUAAUAAUAAAAGUGCUGAAAUAUUGCCAAACAACGUUAUUCUUGGUGUUCCAAGACUUCGACAGAUAAGAGUUCGAAAUGAAACUUGUGCUAUACAUGGAGCUUUUCGAAAUCAGUUUAAAACAUGUUAUGGAGAGUUUUCGAAAAUAAAUGAAGAAACAAAUGAAUUUUUAAACAAUACUCAUACAACUGCAGAUUAUAACAACAACCAACCAGUAUGGGGAAAAAUAUCGACUUAUAGUGAAGCUGGUUAUAUUGAAGAAUUAUCCCUGAUACGUGAAGAAACUGAAGCCACUUUGGAACAGUUGAAAUCUUCAAGCUGGAUUGAUAGGGGCACUCGAAUGGUUUUAUUAGAGUUUGUUUCUUAUAAUGCAAAUGUAAAUUUGUUGUGCAAAAUAAAAAUGAUGGUUGAAUUUAUUCCGUCAGGUGGUAUUUUGACAUCAAGUUCUAUUCAACCGUUAAAAUACUCUAUUUUGUGUGAAGGAUUGGUCGAAUGCUUUUGCGUAUUAUUGUUUUAUGUGAUAGUAUUAUUUUAUACUUUGGAGAUAGUAUUGAAAGUUACAAUAAUGGGAGUUCUUAGUAUUACACAUUCUAUUUGGAGUGUUUUGGAUAUUUUUGUUGUUGCGCUUGCAUAUUUUUCACUGUUCUACUUUGUUUGGCAUACAAAAUAUUUGAAAAAUGUUUUAAAUGCCGAAGAACCUAAGGCAGAAGACGUUUUUAAAUUGGACAUUAUUUUUUAUUGGAAUAUGUAUUUCAACACCGCAAUGGGAAUCAGCGUAUUUGCUGUGUGGAUCAAAACAUUUAAUUACCUUCAAAUGAAUGAAAUAUUUUUACAAUUCAGUUCAACUAUUAAACAGUGUUCAACAAGUUUAUUUGGAUUUUCUAUUAUGUUUGGAAUUGUUUUUGUUGCCUAUGCUGAUUUAUCGGUUCUCUUAUUUGGAACAACUCAUGCUGAUUUUCGGGACUUUUCAAGUGCAAUGUUAACGAUGAUGCGAAUGGUUCUAGGUGAUCUAUAUUACUCGGAAAUGGAAGAAGCUAGUCCAAUUUUAGGACCGAUAUACUUCUUGUCAUAUAUUUUAUUUGUGUUUUUUAUACUUUUGAAUAUGUUUUUAGCUAUAAUCAAUGACACCUUUUCUGCAGUCAAGAGUGAAAAAACAAUAAUUGAAAAUAAAACAUUUAAAGAUUUAAAAGAAAAAUUGCUUAUGAUAAAGAACAGAAUUUUAUCAUCAAAAACUGAAAUGAAAAACUCCAAUAAACGGUCAUUUACACCUGAAACAGAUGAUACAGGAGCACAUAGAGAGAAAAUGAUUUUAAAAUCCAAAGAACACUUAUCUCAGAGUCAAGCAUACACUUAUAGCAUUUCAGGAUCUAUAACGAACUACCAUGGAGCUGGUUUUAUUGAAAUGCUUGACUUUGACAAGGAAAAUAAUGAAAAUGUUAUAGCUGAACUAAAGGAUGCAUUAUGGGUGGACACAGCUACACGAAUUAUUCUAAUAGAAUUUAUACUGUUCAAUUCAAAUGUUAAUCUAUUUUGUAAUGCAAAGUUCUUAGCAGAAAUUCCUCCGACGGGUGGAAUUAUUACAUCCAGUCAGCUUCAAGCCUUAAAAUAUUCUCCUUUAUGGCAUGAGGGAGGAUAUUUAAAUAUUUUUUGCUCGGCAGUAUUAUUCGGAUUGAUACUUUACUACACAUUGGAAAUGGUUAGAAAUGUUGUUUCAAAGGGUUUUAUGAAUAUUUUUGGAUCGAUUUUUAAUUUGUUAGAUAGUUUGGUAUUACUGAUCGGUUAUUCUGCAGUUGUUUAUAUAACAUGGCACACAUUUUAUUUAAAAUCGAUUUUAAAGAAAUAUGAACAAGAUUACGAACAAUUUCUUAGUUUAGAUAUAAUAUUCUAUUGGAAUGGGCUAUUUAUUGACCAAAUGGGAAUCUUUAUUUUUAUUGUUUGGAUUCAAAUUUUCAAAUACACUAAAUUCAAUAAAACUAUGAUGCAAUUUAUUACAACUCUUCAAAGGUGUGCAAAGGAUCUAAUAGGAUUUAGUAUUAUGUUUUCUAUUGUUUUUAUUGCAUUUGCUCUACUUGCUGUUUUAAUAUUUGGAUCAACUCAUUCGGAUUUUUGCAAUUUUUCAAAAGCAAUCUUAACACUUAUGCGAACAGUGUUGGGUGAUUUUGAUUUUGAUAAAUUGGAAGCAGCCAAUCGUUUUCUUGGACCAAUAUUUUUUAUUUCAUUUAUUAUAUUUGUAUUUUUUAUAUUAAUGAAUAUGUUUUUGGCAAUUAUAAAUGAUACUUAUUCAGAUGUUAAAUCAGAAAUAAUUGAAGAGAGAGAAAAUCAAUUACAAGAUUAUAUUAAGUCAUUGCUUGAAAGAUUAAAAAGACUGAUUAUUAAAAAUUCAAACGAUAAAACAAGUAAAAAAAGUGAUGAUCAAGACUCUCAAGUGUCUAGAAUUUCCAGUGAGCCGUCUGUGGAGGAGAAAGAUAACAAUUAUGACACAAUUAUUGAUAAAUAUUUUGAAACUAUUUCAAGUGAGAGAGAAGAUAUUGAUGAAGAUUUGUUAACAGAACGUGUUAGUCUUUUAGAAACGAAAUUGGAAAAAGUUAUUGGAAAUCUUGAUGACAUUUUAAAUAAAUAUGAAGAAAAAUCAAAAAAAUAAAAAAAUUAA